GCGCGAUUCGCUUGUUGCGCUGCAUCAUCUGAGGGGUACAGUGAGCCUAAUUGCGUCUUUAGCCAAGCCAUCGUUGCUGGCAAAUGCGUCUCGUCCGUCCAGUCUGGCAUAUAGCGCUUUCUUUCUUCUUGCCUGCCCUUCCAUGCUGCCAACGAUGCCGACAAAGCUGCGUCAGACUGAUCCGGGCCUGCAUAGAAUGCCUCAAAGGGCAUCAAGGCAGUACCUCUGGGCGGCUAGGUGACCGCAGGACUCGCAGGCAAGAUGGUGCAAGCGCUUGGGCUCAAAAUCGUCAAUGUCCUCACUUGGAUCUUUUUGCUCGGCUCCAACUCGUACGGUGUCUCAACGGAAGCACAUGCCGGCAAGCACACCUACAUCACUCCCGCUGACUUUACCAACUAUGUCUUUGUCGUGACCAAUCUGCUACUGCUUGGCUUUAUCAUCUACCAAUUCUUCGAGGCCGCGCAUGAGCCCGUCAUCGAAGGUGUAGGCUGGCGAUUCGUCAUCAUCGGCUUGCUCAAUGCCAUCUUUGUGCACUUUGAAGCCACCGGUCAUCACAUUGUCGCCCUCGUCUUCAUCGCCCUCACAACAGCCUCGGUAUCACACGUCUUCUUCGAGCUACGCACGAUACCCGUCAAGGGCAGAGCGGACAAGUACUUUGUCAGGCUGCCUUUCUCUGCCUGGCAUGCAUACACCAUCGCACUUUUUGUGCUGCAACUCUUCUCAGCAUUUGGGAAGACAAAGUCUGCAGAUGGCAAGCACCACGUCGUCACGCAAGUCUUUGUCUGCAUUGCGCUCGCCUUUCUCGCUUCCACCAGCGUGGGCUAUGCCUUCCACACUGAAGAAGGCGAUAUCAUCGGUGCUGCAGUCAUUGCUUGGGUAUUGCUCGGCGUCUUCUACAAUCAGCGUCACCCUGCGCUCAUCCACUGGUUCGCGCUCGGUGCUUUCGUCAUUUCGCUCUUCAGCAUUCUCAAGGCUGUUUUCACCACAGCGAGGGCCAGCCGAUCAGACAGCGGUCUGCUGUCGGGCGACGGCGAACGCGCACCGCUCAUCGGAAACGAGAAUUGAUACCCAAUCCGCACUCACGCUCUGACGACCCUCUAGCAAUUGUAGCUGCAAUCAAGACCCAAGACUCAUCGUGGAAAUGCAUCAGAGGCGAUUUGCCCUUCUGAUCGUCAGGCAGAAAGGCCACACACUUUCGCG